UCGGUAUAAGGGUACCGUAAAAUCCCUCACCGCAACAAAACUCCCGAAGAAAAGCUCGGAGAGGGGGAAGGCGGUGAGGAACGAAGCUGCUGAUCGGCGUCGAUGGAUUCUCUGCUGGAGGAGGCGAACCUCAAGUUCGCGUGGCUCAACUUCGCCUUCGCGAGGGACGAUCUCGAAUCCUGCGUCACCCUGCUCUUAGAGCUCAAGAUUCUCCUCAUCAAGUUUCCUAGCCUUCCACCAUCAUUUGAGAAGACACCUAAUGCAGUCAAGGAGCUAAAACUCGCAAGGGCUGUAUUCGAGUUUGGUGUUAUCUUGAGCAUGAAAAUUAAAGACUACGAUGCAUUUGAGAGGAACUUAUUCCAACUAAAAGCUUUUUACAUGGAUACAUGUGGCAUGAUCCCACCCUCGCCUGAGGAAUACCCAAUUUUGGGACUCAAUCUCAUGAGGCUGUUGGCUGAGAACAGAAUAGCUGAAUUCCACACUGAGCUGGAACUUCUGCCCCUGAGAGCCCUAGACCAUCCUUGCAUCAAAUAUGCAGUGGAGCUUGAGCAAUCCUUUAUGGAAGGUGCCUACAACCGAUUAAUCAAUGGUAAAAAAGCUGUGCCACAUGAGACAUACCUCUACUUUAUGGACUUCUUUGCUGUAAUUAUUAGGGAAGAAAUAGCUGAUUGCUGUGGUCAGGCAUAUGAUCACUUGCCAUUGAGUGUUGCCACAAAAAUGCUGAUGUUUCCCUCUGACCAACAGCUUCUGGAGUACAUAUCAGAGAUACGACAUGAAUGGAAGUACGAGCGUGGUUCAGUACUAUUUCACAUGGCCAAGGACCAACCUCAUGUCUGCAUACACUCACUUCGGCUGAUCAAGCAAGCUAUUUGUUAUGCUGAGGAGCUGGAGCAGAUAGUCUGAUUUGCAAAGCAAGAUGGGUUAUGUGAGAUGUAGGGUAGUCUGAAUGCAACCACUACUAUGUUCCUUGAUUUGUUUUUGUCUUGAGGCGCUGGAAUCAUAAAACUUGGUCGAGAACGCUUCAGCUGAUCAAGCAAGCUCUUCAUUAUGCACAGAAGCUGCACGUGUAGUCUGAUUUGCAAAGCAAGGUGGAUUCUGUGAGGCGUAGGGUAGUUUGAAUCUCACCAUUACUAUGUUUCUUGAUUUGCCUUUGUUUGAGGCGCUGAAAUGACAGAACUUAUGUCUGUAACGCACAUCAUGGCUGCUUGACAUGCUGAAAACAAUACGAGUUUUUCUGGUCAUCGUCCAGACUGAGAUGAAACA